UGAAAACUCCAUCAGUAGCUCGUUGAUCGCCUGGUUUGUCGGACGCACUUCAACUGCCAACCUUUCACGAUGGAAAAAUGUCGAGCUUCCUCUAGGAUAUUGAUCGUCGGAGCAGGAGCCUCGGGAAUUGCCGCCGCCACGCGACUCCUGCAGAACAACUUUGGCGAUGUGCAGAUCCUGGAGGCGGAGAACCGCAUCGGUGGGCGGAUCAACACCAUCGCUUUUGGGGACAACGUCGUCGAUGUGGGCGCCCAGUGGGUCCAUGGCAAGGAGCGCAAUUGUGUCUACGAGAUGAUCAAGGAUAUGGGCGUGGUGAGCGAGACUGGUGACUUUUUCAGCGACAUCAAGAGAGUGAGGUCCAACAAGGAGGUGGUUCCGCAUGAACUGGCCUGCAGCAUUCACGACAUUGCCUUGAGGAGCAUGCCAAGUGGUCCACUUCCGGUGGUGGGAUCCUUCGGCAAUCACCUGGUGGAGACCUACUGGCGGAACAUCGAGAGCCAUUUGCCCCGGGUGGACAGGACCUUGGCCAGUGAGGCUUUGGAUGCGUUUGCCAAGCAUGAGAGCUCCAUCAUUGGUGCGGACAGCCUUUUUGAGGUCUCCGUGAGGGAACACAUCGAGUAUGACGAAUGCGAUGGCGACAAGCUGGUCCACUGGGGUACAAAGGGAUACAAAAGAUUCCUACGCCUGCUGAUGAAGGUCGGUGAGGAUACGCCCGAGGAGCUGGGCUUACUCGAGGGACGGGUUCGUCUCGGCAAGAAGGUCACCAAGAUUGAAUUGGCCAGCCCUCGUAAGGUGAUCGUGCGCUGCGAGGAUGGGGAUUACUUCGAGGCGGACCACGUCAUCUGCACUGUUUCCCUGGGCGUCCUGCAGGAGCAGCACGAGAGGCUCUUUGUUCCACCUCUUCCAGCGGCCAAGGUGAAUGCCAUUCGAGGACUCACCCUUGGGACAGUGAACAAAAUGUAUAUGGAGUUUGAGGAGCAACCUUUUCCUAAGGAUUGGGUGGGUUUCUUCUGCUUUUGGUUGGCCGAGGAUCUGAAGGAGCUGCGCAAGACGGAGUACUUCUGGCUGGAAGGGAUUACCGGUUGCCACAAGAUCACCUGCCAGCCGCGACUUCUGAUGGCCUGGGUGGGCGGAUCAUUUGGUCGUCACAUGGAAACCCUGUCCGAUGAGAAGGUCCUGGAGGGUUUGCAGUGGCUCUUCCGCAAGUUCCUUACCUUUGAGAUUCCUCCACCGAAGCGCUUUCACCGCAGCAAGUGGUUCUCGAAUCCGAAUUUCCGCGGCACCUGGACCUUUCGUCCCACGAAGGCCGAUGAACGGGAGACGGGACCCAGGGAUCUGGAGGCUCCUGUGAUGGGGGAGGAUGGCCAUCUGGGCCUGCUUUUCGCGGGAGAAGCCUCCAGCAGGAACCACUUUUCAACCGUUCACGGAGCCGUGGAGGCGGGAUGGCGAGAAGCAGAUCGUCUGAUCAGACUCUACUCCACUUGCGGUUCCAAAUCCUAAAAAAGUCUGGUUUUUGGUAAUUUUCUAUGUGCUUUUAAUUUUUGUUGGGCUGUUUAAAUUCUUCGUUUCUAAAAUAAAAUUAUUUUAGUGGUACUUUGUCAUUUAUAGAAAUCAUGUAUUUAAAGUACCUUAAAAAAGUGUUAAAAGGUUGUAAG